AUGUCUCAGUCCGACGCGUGUUCGGCAAAAGAGCGCUGUCAGCUACGGCAGCGCCUGCGUGACGGAGCACCCGCCUUUGCAGGCUUCCAGGAAGCGGAGGUCGUCACAGAAAUGGGCGGUAUGUAUCUGGCCAAGACUCCGGACGACUCUGUUCGGCAGCCAUGGCCAGUCCUCAUCUUCUUGCACGGCGCAGGAGAGCGUGGUCACGAGGACGGACGAGACUUGGGCAAGGUGCGCAACAACGGCCCAUGGACUCUGGCAGCCGUGAAGCGGCUCUUCCUUGUUGCGCCACAGUGCCCGGAGGCUCUCGUUUGGCCUGCGAUAGCGGACCGCAUCGUGGCGCUCACAAAGCAGGUGCGCGAUGAGUUCUCAUUGGAUCCCAACAGGAUCUACAUCAGUGGUCUCAGCAUGGGUGCCUUUGGGGCGUUUGCCGCAGCUUCGGCUGCGCCAGGGCUCUUUGCUGCCCUGAUUGGAGUGUGCGGUGGCUUCACAAAGCAAUUGCCGCUGGAAACCAGUCUGAACUCUAUGUUGCAAUUGGCCAAAGUUGCGCCAAAAGAGGACGACCUCAGCAACAUCAGAGAGCUUCCCAUAUGGCUCUUCCAUGGCAUGAAGGAUCGCACAGUGGACCCAGAUGGGUCCAUGCUGCUCUACCAAGCAUUGGGCGGCAAGGGCCGUGGACGCGCGAAGUUGCGACUCACGAAGUACGAGGCUUUGGGCCAUCAGAUAUGGACUUCUGCCUACAAAACUUCGGACCUCUUCCCCUGGCUGCUGCGGCACAAGAAGUCCAAGCAGGGGGGCCUAGCUCAAGAUGGAGGCUUCUGA